GACGACUAAUGAGUCUAUAAAAUGGUACCAAAACGCACGUAAAGGAAGAAAGAAAAAGCAUCAAUCAAAAUGAAAUUAUCAGAGUUAGAAGCGGCAGGAACAAAGUGCAAAGAGCACAUAAAUGACAAACAACUACCUGGUGUUUGCUAUUAUUGUUUAAGAGACAAACUUUCAAAGGUAAACAACAACACCAACAACAACAACUACAAACAGGUUCAUCAUGUACUUCAAUCUCCACAACACUUUUCUUCAUCUUCAUCAAAGUAUAUGUCUCAAUCUCAAGGUCAUAGCCGCCGCAUUCACCGUCGCCAAACAUCUAGUGUGAUGGAUUCUUUUUCCUCCAAUAUGGAUAGCUUCAAUUAUGGGUUAAAGAAGAGCAACUCGAUUGCUUUUGUUUCAACAAGCCAAAUCAGAGAAGGGGAAGUUUAUGGAAAUAUUAAGAAAAGAAGCUUUUGGUCCAAGCUACUAAAAUUGACAAGGAAGGAUGUAAAAGAAGGUUUGAUGCAUUCAAGAACAAUGAAGGAGAGAAAGGGUUGACUUUUCUUUAUGAGUUUAACUAGAUCCACUUUGUUUUUUAAGUUUUGAUAAUGUAACUUACACAUAAUUAAAUUGCAAUAAUUCUACUGUAAUUAUUCUGCUUAUGGAAUUUAUACAAUACUUACUUUACUC